GAUGCUAUGGAAUAUGAUGAGAAGCUGGCCCGGUUCCGGCAGGCCCACCUCAACCCCUUCAACAAGCAGCAGCAUGAACAGGGGUCUGGUGAGGAGACCCCAGACCGCGAUACGGAAGAAGCCCCACCAGAGCUGUCCCCCUCAGAGCCUGAAUUCCACUGCCCUGAGUGUGUGAUGGAUCUCGGCCUGUCUGAGGACCACUUCUCCCGACCCGUGGGCCUGUUCCUGGCCUCGGAUGUGCAGCAGCUGCGUCGGGCCAUCGAGCAGUGCAAGCAGGUGAUCCUGGAGCUGCCUGAGCAGUCGGAGAAGCAGAAGGAUGCCGUGGUGCGGCUCAUCCACUUGCGGCUGAAGCUCCAGGAGCUGAAGGACCCCAGUGAGGAUGAGCCCAAUAUCCGAGUCCUCCUGGAGCACCGAUUCUACAAGGAGAAGAGCAAAAGUGUCAAACAGACCUGUGACAAGUGUAACACCAUCAUCUGGGGGCUCAUCCAGACGUGGUACACCUGCACAGGGUGUUAUUACCGUUGUCACAGCAAGUGCCUGAACCUCAUCUCCAAGCCCUGUGUCCGUUCCAAAGUCAGCCACCAAGCUGAGUACGAGCUGAACAUCUGUCCCGAGAUGGGGCUGGACAGCCAGGACUACCGCUGUGCUGAGUGCCGGGCACCCAUCUCUCUGCGGGGUGUGCCCAGUGAGGCCCGGCAGUGUGACUACACUGGCCAGUACUACUGCAGCCACUGCCACUGGAAUGAUCUGGCUGUCAUCCCCGCUCGCGUGAUCCACAACUGGGACUUUGAGCCUCGGAAGGUGUCCCGCUGCAGCAUGCGUUACCUGGCCCUGAUGGUGUCAAGGCCCGUCCUGCGCCUCCGUGAGAUCAACCCUCUGCUGUUCAACUACGUGGAGGAGCUUGUGGAGAUCCGGAAGCUACGGCAGGACAUCCUGCUUAUGAAACCAUACUUCAUCACGUGCAAGGAGGCCAUGGAGUCACGUCUGCUUCUGCAGCUUCAGGACCGGCAGCAUUUUGUGGAGAACGACGAGAUGUACUCGGUCCAGGACCUGGUGGAUGUACACAUGGGCCGCCUCAGCUGCUCACUGACGGAAAUCCACACUCUCUUCGCCAAGCACAUCAAGCUGGACUGUGAGCGGUGCCAGGCCAAGGGCUUCGUGUGUGAGCUGUGCAGAGAAGGCGACGUGCUGUUCCCGUUUGACAGCCACACCUCCGUGUGCACAGACUGCUCUGCUGUCUUCCACAGGGACUGCUACUAUGACAACUCAACCACGUGCCCAAAAUGUGCCCGCCUGACCCUGCGCAAGCGGUCACUCUUCCAGGAGCCCAGCUUGGAUGUGGAUGCCUAG